GUUCUAGAAGACCUCAAACUGCGUCUAGACGCAUUGCCAGAAGAGCAGCGAGCGACGUUCGAUGUCCCUGCCAACUUGCUCUCUCCGGUGCAAACAAGGGUCAUCAGCAAUCUGUAUGGCGGGAGGGGCACAGAGAUGCUCAGGCUGCUGAAAGACAGCACCGCCACCGCUGUGGACGUCAUCAUCAAGAGAGUGCAGCAGAAGCAGGACGAGUGGUGCACGCUGAAGGCAGAGGUCAGACAGCAGUGGCAGAAGACGUUCGACGAAAACUACACACGGUCUCUGGAUCAUCACAGCCUGAUUUUCAAACAGGCAGACAAGAAGCAGCUGGCCUCCCGCGCUCUCGUCCAAGAGAUUCAGGACGUCGCCGAGAAGGGGAUGGGCAGCGAUGUGGAGCUCAGGAGGUCCUUUGGGUCUCUCGCCCCCGAUGAUGAGCCAUGUGCCAACCGACUGAUGUACAGCUUUCCAGACGAGUCGGUGUGGCCGGACGUCAUCGAGCUGCUGGCGCACACGAACGCGGCCGUGCUGAGCGUGCGUGAGGGCGACAAAGUGCUGCGGCUGUGGCGGCGGGUGGUGCAGCCCUUCCUGGGGCUCCCGCAGCUGGUCGCCCCGGAGGCUGUAGCACAUGAGGCGGCACCCCCGGCGCAGCCGACAGAAGGCAGCGCCCCACAGCCGGAGGUCUCGGGCGAGACUGACAAUG